GAGUUUAAUGUUUGUAUGUUUCAGAAGCAUGGAGCUGCAGCAAACAUUGAGCAUAUUAAUCGCCAUCUGUGCUAUAAUUUACUUCACAUGGUUCCGAGGACCAUCUAUGCCAUCUGUUGUCACCGAAACACUUGACAAUGAAUACGAUUACAUCGUGGUCGGUGCCGGAUCAGCAGGUGCUGUCAUUGCAUCGAGGCUGUCGGAGGACGUCGGUUCACGCAUUCUUCUGUUGGAGGCUGGAGGAGACUACACAACCAACGCCUCAUACCACGUUCCUAUCCAAUUUUUCGACCUCCAGAAAACCAGUGCAGACUGGGAGUACUAUACCGUGCCUCAAAAAUAUUCCCACCAAGGAAUGGUAGAGGAACGUUCAUACUGGCCUCGUGGAAGACUUCUUGGAGGUUCUAGCAUUUUUAAUUCCAUGCAAUACACGAGGGGAAGCCGCCAUGAUUACGAUGAAUGGGCAGAUAUGGGUUGCAACGGAUGGAGUUACGAAGAUGUUCUACCAUACUUCUUAAAAUCUGAAGACAUGUUGAUAGACGAUUUAAAAUCAUCAAAGUAUCACAACACUGGAGGUUACAUUGGAGUCAGCACGGGUGGGGUCACCCCGAUUGCCGACGUUUAUCUGAAAGCGGGACAAGAAAUGGGAUACAAGCUUAACGACUACAAUGGGGAAAUACACCAGGGAUGGAGCCCAAUGCAGCUUACAAUUCGCAACGGAGUGCGCAGCAGCACGUCUCUUGAGUUCCUCGGGAGGGCAAAGGGACGUCCAAAUCUUCAUGUUGGCAUUCACAGUCUUGUGACAAAAAUAGCGUUUGAAAACAAGCGUGCUACAGGAGUUUAUGCAAUUAGGAAUGGGAGGAAAUAUUUCUUUAAAGCAAAUAAAGAAGUCAUUGUAUCCGCAGGAGCGGUAAACUCUCCACAGCUGCUUAUGCUUUCUGGCAUAGGGCCAAGAGAACAUCUAGAGGAUCUUAAUAUUAAAGUUGAAGCUGAUCUUCCAGUUGGCGAAAACCUCCAAGACCACAUGUUGAUCCAUAUGUUUUCACCCAUUACAGAAGAUAUUGGUAUUACACGUAAUAAAAUAGACAAUUGGGUCACUGAUCUCCGAUACAAAAUGUUUGGCACAGGGAUAAAAUCUAUAGCUGGAUUGGACGCAACCUCUUUCUUCUGUACUUACGAUACUAAACAAAAGGAUUGUGCCGCAGAUAUCCAGUUUAUGAUGUACAGUGGCUAUAUGGACGAAAACUAUCUUUGCUUUAAAGAUGAUGUUGCUAAUGCGUACCUAGCUCCAAAACCAAAUUUGCCAGGGUUCUCAACAGUCAUCAGUUUGCUGGAUCCAAGGAGCGUUGGGACCAUUCGAUUGAAAUCCGACGACCCAUUUGAGUACCCUCUUAUAGACCCAAAAUACUUCUCAGAUAACAGAGACGUCGACACUUACAUUAAGGGUAUCAGAUUGUGGGAAAAAUAUCUUGCAACUCCUGCUAUGAAGAAAAUAGGAGCAACAGUGAAUAAAAUGAAAUUGCCGUUUUGCAAACAGCACAAGUUCCAGUCUGACGACUAUUGGGUAUGCGUUGUACGUCAUUUAGCGUACACGGUUUACCAUCCGGCUGGCACGUGCAAAAUGGGGCGUGUGGAUGAUCCUACUUCUGUUGUAGAUCCACAACUCCGGGUAAAAGGUAUUAAGGGUCUUCGUGUUGCAGACGCUUCGAUAAUGCCAAAUGUAAUUUCUGGAAACAUUAACGCACCCGUUAUUAUGAUAGGUGAAAAGGCGGCAGAUUUGAUCAGAGGAAAAGUAACUGUUGACCAUCUGAAAAGGAAGCUGUAGACCUUUUAUCCAGAUUUAAAUAUUCUAUCAGACAUUAGUGUACUUGUUCUUAAAGUAUAUCAUAAGUUAAUUGAGUUGUUUAAUACAGAAUAUGAAUUGACUUUGAGUGAAAAGGAUUCAGAUUUGAUUGAAGGAAAAGUCAUUGUUAUGCGAAAAGGAAGCUGCAGACCUUUUACUAAGUAUAUAGGUUGAAAUAUUUUAUCAGACAUUAGUGUACGUGUAAUUAAAAAUAUGAGAAAAAGAAAAGUAAAAUGUGUUGUUUUAUACAGAAAAUAAAUUGACUUUGAUACAUCUAAGUGUGUUUUAUAC